GAGUCCUCUUACUGUACGUACGCGAUCACGGAUGCUGCUUGUUGAGAUUUUUUUUUUUUUUGGGGGGGGGUUGUUUUUCUCCCGCUUCUGCUUUGUACAAUUUUUUUUCUCCGUUUGCGAGAUUAAUACUCCAUAUUCAGGCGGAAAUAGGAGUGCUACAUUAGUAGUGUAGUCUCCGCUUGGUCAUGAAUUUACCAAAUUGUAGGUUAAGCAUGGAGAUUUCCCGUUGGGUCUGUUUGCACUGUGAAAACCGCGUCCUGAUAUUUGUCUGUGUCCUGCUGAACCUGAUGUGUGUGUGGUAAAUUGGCCUAACAUUUAAAGCAGUCGAUGAAAUACAACUUUUGUUAGGGAGUAGGUGCAUGUGAGCAACUUUGAAACGAUUUAGGCCUGCAAGGGUACUUUCUGCAUUUGAGAAUUUGGCAGAACUAUGCCGGAUGGCAGGGCGAGUACCUCAUAGUCUCACAGCCUCACACUGUCACACUAUGCAGCCAGUCUCACAGCCUCACACUGUCACACACUAUGCGGCCUUGGAAUGAUUGCAAGUUACCAUGGGUCCGUAUAUCACAAAGAAGCAUGCCAUUCAUGGUGCUCGUUGAGUCUAGCAAGCAUUUGAAUAGCACAAGAUGGUACUCACUCCGUUUCAAAAUAUAUGGUGUAUUUUGAUUCGUUAGGAUAAUACUUUGACCAACAACUACUCUAUUAGAAUAUCAUUUAUGUGAUAUAAAAUUAUAAUCAUAAGUAAUUUUGAAUAUGAAUCUAAUAAAUUUAAUUUUAGAGUAAUCGUUGGUCAAAGUCUUAUCCUAAUGAAACAAAAUGCACCUUAUAUUUUGAAAUGGAGAAAAUAGCAAGCUACCAGGCUUAACCACAUUUUAAGAUAUCUGAAACCGUUGUUAUUUCAUCAACUUCAAUUAAACCAUGCCUUACUUCAGUUGAGGUUCUUUCUAUGCUGUAAGGUUUUCGUUUUGGAAUUCACGCUUGCUUUUAAGCUUGACUAGUUAUUUACAGUUCAAUUUCUGCAACAUUUUCCCAACAAGAUUACUAUAUUAUGCAGCCCUGCAGGCAUGCAAAUCCACUCCUUUUGGGCCCUUUUUCUCUUGUUUGUUUCCAUUGUCGCUCAUGUCCUUCUGACUGCUACCUUCUCUCUGGUCACUAGCUUUCAGUUUUAUUGAGGUGAAUCUCACUGUUCACUAGGGCUGCAAAUUUUGGCCAUGUAUGGACCACAAUAGUUAUAGCUCUACAAAACUACUUAUUUUCUUUAUGGUAAAAAGAAACUACUUGUUUUCUUGUCUAGUUAUAUUUUUCUAACUCUUCAAUGUCUUAUAUUUCUUUGAGGAAUAGUAACUGUAUUAAUUGUUUGAGACUUCGAGUUCAUUUACAUUGUUUUAAUUUUUCGCAACUUCGCCUCAGAAAAUUUUGUUGAGGCUCUUAAUCCCAUGACAGAAGGGCCAGGUAUUUUUGUUUGGUUAUUCUCCAAUAAAAUCUUAUACAUACUAGCUUUGUGCUCCUUAUUGCUACCGAUGACAAAUAAAUAUAAGUUAAAAUUUCUAACGUGAUUAAUUCAGAUAAAGCCAAUGACAUAAACACAUGCAAAGAUUGCCGUUUUUUCAAAUAAAUUAUUUAAACAACAUUUACAUGUUUAGCCAUAGAAUUUUUAUGAGUAGUAGGUGUAGAAAUAUAUUGUAAGCCCCAACUCCUUUUAUAAGAUGGAAAAUAAUUUGGAAGAGUAAAAAUAUCUGAUCACCAUGUCACAAUUCCCAAAAAUUAUUUACCGACAUCAAACUAUACAAGAAAAGGACAAUAUAUCAUCAAGUUAACAUUUACUAAGCUUGUAAGCCCAUUUUCUGAUGCUAAAACAGAGCCCAAUGAACAUUUAAUAUAAAGUAUAUCAUAAAGAAAAGAGUAUAUCUUUAAGAAAAGUAUAUAAAAAAGUAUAUCAUUUUCUUUUCCUUUAAACCCAUUCUUUUGCUUUUAAUAUAGGAUAUGUCUCUCAUGCCCUCAUGCCAUCCUUUGGCUUUAUCUUUAUCAGUCCUUGUCAAGAAAAUAAGUUACUGACAUAAUAAGGAAUUCAGUCUGCAAAAGCAGGUUAGAAGUAGUUGAAAUUAUACUUUUCUGUUAAUGUGUUACUACCUCUGGACGUUAAUUUGACACUUUGGACAAAGAAAAUGACUUGCGCUUAAUAGGUUUUGGCUGUCGGAAACGUCAAAUAAUCUUGACUGGAGGGAGUAUUAUGCAUGACGAUCCCUUCUAUCUUUUCUGGUUUACGUUUUUGAAGACUCAUGUUUUACCAUUUAAUGACGAAACGCAUCCUGCAGCUCUGAAAUCUGAACCCUGUGAUUAGAUGAGGAUUGUGUUGGCUUUCUAAAAUCAUAUUCCGAUCUUAACGCCCACAACUUCAGUUUCAGUAAUGUUGAUCUACCAGUGUCCAGAUAUCAAUGCAGUUUACAGGCUGAGAUGAACUUCAAAUUUCUACAACUUCGUGUGAAGUGAAAUGGUUAAGAUGCAAGGUUUGAUCUCUUGUGUUACCUUUUUGUCGAAAAGAAUAUCUUAUCUUUGUGCAUAGAUACACAUGCACAUUGUUAGGUACUUAGGUAUGUCCAUGAGAAAUUUUGGCUGGAAGUGUUUGGGAAUCUAUAGAACUUUACAAAAGUUUACCACCUCUUAUGCUGUAUUUAAAUAUCAAAAGUAUUGUGUCUGAACACAAUUGGCUGGUCUGCAUUAUACAUUUGCUGUUAUUAUGCUCAGGUUAUUCAUCAUUAUCCACAAAUAUGUUUUUUCUUCUUUGCAAAUAUUCUCCUUUUCCCAGAGCCGCAUUGGACUCCAAUACAAGAGUCAGAGGGUGGAAGCAAAGAAAUCGUAGUAAAUGAUCUCUACUGGCCUCUGUAGCCAAAGGAUUCAGCAAAUCUGCGAAGACCUCACGAGUCAGGAGCUUUCCAAGAAACAAGGCCAUUCUGGAAUGAAGCUUCCUUUUGACAGGAAAAACUUCAGUAUUUGGUGCAUGACAAGGUGGAGAUGCAUGGAUCCUCAUGGACAAUUUGUUCUUAGGAAAAGGAAGCAAGCUCCUAGGCCUCUCAUCCCCCCCCCCCCCCCUCUCUUCCUUUCCUUUCUUCAAUGAUCAUUUUGCUGAGAGUACUUGCUGUCUCAGAGGGAAGGCCAGAGAGGGCAGCCAGCGAGAAAUGAAAGGUGGUUACAAGCGGUAGAGUAGGAGACAGAAAUCCUGACAGAGAAAAGGCCUACAACGCUACUAGCUAGGCUAUCACACAUCUCACUUCUUUCUCUCUCAGUGUAGCCUGUGAAAACUGAAAAGAUAGAGAGGCAGGCUCGUAGGGCAUGUUCAAAAGGACACAAAAUCUUCUUUGUGGUACAGUAGUAGAUGAAACUCCAAGGGGGAUUCGAUUUGCCAGUGUGGGAGAAGACAAACAGGAAACGAAGCAACAUCCUAUCAUGUGGUGAGGGGAGUUCUUGGAGGAUGGCAAAUGAUCAUGAUAGAGCAGUACCACACAGCCAAGCGGUUGCAUAUGGAAUCCAAGGCCAUGCUGUUCUUGCUGCACCACCUGCCAACUUCCUCUACCGCUCAUUGGAUUACACCUCUUCUCGCAAUCCAAAUAGUUUCUUAAUGCCUAAGGCCUGGAUCCUGGAGUUGCAACCUGCAGCUGCUGCUUACUUUGGUGAGUUGGAGAAGGCCCUUAUCCAUGGCACCAGUGCUGGUGCUGGUGUCGAUCAUGGCAUGAUCCAAAGUGACGCGUACACAGAGUCAGCAGGAUAUCUUGCAGCUAGGCCCCCCACACUGGAAAUCUUCCCUUCAUGGCCAAUGAGUCAUCUACAGGAGCCAUACAGUCAGAACUCGCAGUCAGUAGGGAGCACCACUGACUCUAGCUCAGCUCAGAACACAAUGUCACAGGCCGAGUUGGUGUCCCCAGCGAGCAUGAGGUCCGACUCUGGGCAGGAACAGCAACAACAGGAGGUAUUGAUGGUGACCAUUGAUGAUUACAACUACAAACAAGGACUUGGAGCAGCAAUAGCUACUGCACCAAGCUUUCAGCAACAUGCAGGAGGCCUAGACAUGAGGAAGCAUGGAUCCACUAGAAAAGACGGAAAACUGUUAGAUGCCAAGACUGAAAGGCGAUUGGCUCAGAACAGAGAAGCUGCAAGAAAGAGCAGGCUGAGGAAAAAGGCUUAUGUGCAGCAACUUGAGACUAGCCGCAUAAGGCUUCAGCAAAUCGAGCAAGAGCUUCAGAGAGCACGCUCACAGGGCUUGUUUCCUGGAGGAUGCAGUGCACCUGGAGAUAUGAGCUCGGGUGCUGUAAUGUUUGACAUGGAUUACACCCGAUGGAUAGACGACGACAGCAAAUGCAUGGCAGAGCUCCAGGGCGCGCUACAGGCCCAGCUCCCCGACGGAAACCUUGGUGCCAUUGUGGAAGAAUGCAUGCGCCACUACGACGAGCUCUUCCACCUUAGGGCCGUGCUCGCCAGCUCCGACGUGUUCCACCUGAUGACUGGCAUGUGGGCGGCGCCGGCCGAGCGGUGCUUCCUCUGGAUGGCCGGUUUCCGGCCAUCAGAAAUUCUCAAAAUGCUGAUACCUCAGCUCGAUCCACUGACGGAGCAGCAGCUGAUGGGGAUGUGCAGCCUGCAGCAGUCGUCGGAGCAGACCGAGGAGGCGCUCGCGCAGGGGCUUCACCAGCUGCACCAGUCACUGGCCGACGCGGUGGGCGGCGGUCCUCUCAACGACGGCGCAGAUGUUGCCAACUACACCGGCCUCAUGGCCCUAGCACUUGGCAGGCUUGAGAACCUCGAGAGCUUUUAUCGUCAGGCUGAUAAUCUGAGGCAGGAAACGUUGCACCACAUGCGGCGAAUUCUCACAACCAGACAGACAGCUCGGUGUUUUCUUUCCAUUGGAGAGUAUAAUCGCCGUCUCCGUGCUCUCAGCUCCCUCUGGGCUUCACGUCCUCGCGAAAACUUCAUUGCGACAGAGAAUGUCAGCCCUACAGGAACUGAAUUUCAGGUUAUUCAGCAAUCUCAGCAAAAUCAAUUCUCCGGUUUCUGAGACCUCUUCUCCAGGAGGGUACAAAUUCUGCAUUUCUGCCAGUAGCAAGGUGGAGAGAGAGAGAGAGAGAGAGAGAGAGCGAAUGUAAUGUUCUAUCAUUAUGAUAUUGAGAAAGGAACAUCACUAGGAAAAAAAAAGAUGGCAGAAAGUUGGAAACUGGGGCGGCUCGAUCACUUGCUAUGUUCCAAUGGCUCUUGAAUUGAAUGAAGGGUUAGCUCUAAGCAAAAAAGGAAAAAAAAAGUUUGGUGCAAAGCAAAAGAGACUAUGAACACAAAAGCUAGGAGCCAAUGAGACCACCUAAAUUGUGUGCA